GGGCGGGGCCGGGCGCGAGCGGCGGUUUGAACGCGGCGGCGGUUGGGAGGAGGAGGCGGCGCGAGAUGGAGGCGAGAGCGCGGAGCGGCAGCGUUCGGAUGGCGGAGUCAGAACUUCGAAGGCAACAACUUGAAGCUUAUCUCCAGAGAAAAGGGAAAUUGAAGGUUCCAGGUCUGACUGACAGGUAUUAUUUAGGGGACAAAAACAAUCGGAAAAUACAACCAAGAACUGCUCCAUUCAAAGUUGGGUUGGGAAACGCCCAGAAGCAUGAUGCUCACACAAAACAAUGUGAACUCCAAAGCACGAACAACCCAUCACGUACUAAUCAUGUCAAAUCAAUCGCUGCUAGGAAUCAAGUUCAACACUGCUCAAGAACCGCUGGAAAAAAUCCCGCCCUCACUCAAACAGUUUCUAUGUUUCCCCAAGUUACAACUGCAUUAUUCCCAAUGGAGUCAAAUGCAGAAAGGGAAAUUAUUGUUGAUGAAUCAGCUCAAGAAAGACAAUGUUUAGGAAACUUAAAACCUGAAAAUUCAACACAUUAUGAAUUUAUUCAUAAAUCAAGCAAUCAAGAAAAGGAAAAUAAAUGUACAGUAGGUACAGCACAAACUGCUGGACAAUCUACCAGUACAGUUUUAAUGAAUCAGUUUACACAACAGGUGAAUGAUACUCCAAUCAGCAGAUUAAAGGGGACUCCUUCAGAUAAUCACUCGUGGGCCAUUGGUAUCGACAAUAUAGACAGGGUACCUGCUGUGUUGAGGCCAGUGGGCAAGUCUGGAGCAGCCCCCACUCAGGCCAGGCCAGUAAGCAGCUCAAGAGUGGCCCCCGCUCAGGCCAGGCCGGUGGGCAGGUCCAGAGCAGCCCCCGCUCAGGCCAGGCCAGUGGGCAGGUCCAGGGCCCCCCCUGCUGCAGCCAGGCCAGUGGGCAAGUGUGGAGCGGCCCCCGCUCAGGCUAGGCCAGUGGGCAGGUCUAGGGCGCCCCCUGCUGCAGCCAGGUUGGUGGGCAGGUCCAGAGCGGCACCCGCUCAGGCCAGGCCAGUGAUCAGCUCCAGAGUGGACCCCGCUCGGGCCAGGCCAGUGAGCAGCUCCAGAGCGGCCCCCGCUCAGGCCAGGCCAGUGAUCAGCUCCAGAGCAGACCCCGCUCGGGCCAGGCCAGUGGGCAGGUCCAGGGCGACCACCGCUCAGGCCAGGCCAGUGAGCAGCUCCAGAGCGGCACCCGCUCAGGCCAGGCCAGUGGGCAGGUCCAGGGCGGCCCCCGCUCAGGCCAGGCCAGUGGGCAGGUCCAGGGCAGCCCCUGCGGUGGCACGGUCUGGCGCAGUCCCCAGUGCACCCAAAGUCAUGGGUAGCGCUAGACCAUCGCCCCGUGCAGCCAAGCCUGUGAGCAGGCUUGGGGCAGCUCCAUGUGCAGCCAAGUCUAGGAGAGCCCCUCAUGCAGCCAAGCAGGUGAGCAGCUCCAGAGCACUCACCUGUGCAGCCAAAUCUACAGUUGGAAUGACUGCUCCAAAUGAGCCUUCAAAAGCAGAGGUAGUAAAGAACUGUGGGAAAUUGAGCAAAACAGAACAACAAUGUGAAAGUGAACAAACGAUGAAAUCGCCAUGUAUUGCAAGUGGACCGAAUGGAUCCAAUUCUAUUGAAAGUAGAUCUCUGACAAUAUGGAAACCUUUUACACGAUCUGCUCAAAGAUUGCAUCCAACUUUGGUGUCUCCUACAAGAAAUAUAAAGGUCAAUAAAGAUGCAGUACAAAACAUAAGCAAAUUGGCAACAUCAGUAAUGAGCACAGCUAAGCAGAGAGAUGAUCAAAGUUCCAUCACCAAGACAUUGAAAGGAAAAGAUGAAAGAAGGAAACAACUUGAAGAGUGGUUAGCUUCUAAAGGGAAGACCUACAAACGCCCUCCCAUGCCAACCCCUUUGAAGAAAGUUUUAAAAUCUGUAAAGAAGAAUUUGGAGUGUUCUUUCUUGGAAGCACUGGAAGAAGAACAGAAGAGCCUGGCAGAUCGGGUGCACCACAUGUUGAAUGACUGCAUGAAGCUGCUAGAGAGGGGUUCCUCGCCUGAACAAGUGUCUGAAGCGUUGCGGAAUGUUCCUGAUGGUGAGAAGUUUGCCAAGUACUGGAUUUGCCAAGCACAUCUGCUAGAAUUAACUGGUACGAUGGAGGCCAUCAUUGCUCUGUUUGAGCAGGCUGUUCACAGUGGUGCAGAGCCUGUUGAAGAGCUGCGGUCUGCACUUGUGGAAACCAUCAUGAGGAAUGUACACUCUCACACAUCCUGUACAGAAAAGGAAGAUGUUAAAACUGAAGGUUUUGAAGAAUCAGCUGUUGCCACGCCUCGUACAACAGUAGUGGAGUCUCUGUUCAGCAAAAUAGAUGGGCAUGGUUCAUCCGUGAUCAAAUACAGAGUGACCGCAACACCCCAAGUGCUCAGAACAAAUCAUCUUCAAAGCAAAAUCCGAUCCCAUGGGAAGCAAGAUCUGAAGUUCCUCACCCCCGUCAGGCGGUCGGUUCGCAUUGAGCAUGUUUCUGCUUGGCACCCUGAGAUGUUGAGAGAGCAUGACUGCUGUGUGGCCUCCCUGAAUGAACUUUUAGAUGAGGAUGAGGCUGAAACAUUUGUUUACAGAGAAAACAAGGCUCUGCUGGAAUAACAGAAAUUACACUGAUAUCCUUUAAAUGCAUUUUACAUACUAUCCACAUUAGCUAUCAGCUUAUUUGUAUUGUUUUAAGAAUGUAUAUAAUAAACUUGUUGUGUAUUUGGCGCUUGAAACUUAA